AUGUGGGAGGCCGGAGUAAAAUCCAUAAAGUACCAUCUUCGUCGCAUCGUAGGAACUCACACGCUAACGAUUUCGGAAUUAGAAACAUUAUUAUGUCAAAUCGAGGCAUGCGUUAACUCGCGUCCUAUCGCCGGUUUCUCAAACGACUGUGAUGAUUUGAGUUAUUUGACCCCGGGUCAUUUUUUAGUCGGUGCUCCACUUCUAUCAUUGCCUGAACCUUAUAUUCCUUCGGCCAUUUCCACUAGUCUGAAGCGUUAUCAUCUCGUCCAACGCAUGCGAGAUCGCUUCUGGAAGGUGUGGCAAUUAGAUUAUAUAAACACUCUACAAAAGCGUUCUAAAUGGCGAUUAGCCCAUCCGAAUUUUAGGGUCGGAGACCUCGUCCUUAUUAAGAAUGACAACUUACCGCCGUCGCGUUGGGCAUUAGGUAGAAUUACCAAAUGCAUUCCUGGUAAUGACGGAUUAGUACGCGUCUGCGAAAUAAAGAGCGCAUCCUCGUCGUUUUUGCGUUCCAUCCAUAAAUUGUGUCCUCUUCCGAUUAAUGAGAUGAACGAUAGUCCCACGGCGGGCGGGACUAUCCCGAUAACUAACAUUAAGCGUUAA